GUCAUUUAAUUUAAUUUUGUUAUUUUAUUUAUGAGUGCAUUUACCAUUUUUUCUGCUUAAAUUAUAAAUGUAUUUCUUUAAAUAAUGUCACAAUUAGUUGCAACAAACAAAUAGAACAUUUUGAUACAUUUAUUUAUCUUAGGCCAGUUGUUCAGUGCAGUUAAAAACCAGAUGUAAAAGAGAAAGAAAGAGAGGGGCUGGGAGGGGCAGACUAGGGUUUUUUUCCCCCUCCUUUGAAUUGUUUUGUUCCUGCCGUUGUAGAAGAACUGAAAGCCUUCACUGAGAAUUGAAAAAAAGAAAAUGCAUCAAUUAUCUAUUGGAGUUUGUGUGAUUUUUUCUCUACUUCAUGGGAGCUGUGCACACAUCUAUAAUGAACGAGAGAAAGUACAAGUCGAAUGUGACCCUGGAGUCCGCGACGCGAUGGUUUUAUGGUUUCGAAUAAACAAUGAUGGCCCAGAAUUCUUAUUUACUACCAAAAACCAAGAUAUAAAGAUCGAUGUUGUAAAUGAAAAUUAUAAAAUUGUUAAAAAAAGUGAGAAGAUGCAUUUGGCCAUUCAGUCUUUUGAGAAAAAGAAAGAUAGCGGUGUGUACAUUUGUGCAGCAUUCAACAGCAAUAAACUCACCUUUGGAAAGCCCACAAAUAUUAAGGGAGAACCAGAUCCAACAACACAACUUCCAAAAAUUGCUCCAACAACAAAGGCAAAGCCUGAGGUGGUGACUACAGUGAAACCAAAGUGUACAUGCAAGAAAGCAGAAAUCAAACCUGUCCUCAAUUGUGAGAUUUGGAUAUUUUCAUCUUUGGCGGCUGGCUGCGGUCUGCUCCUCAUUCUGCUGAUCGUCACAAUUUUGUACUGCAACCGUUUAAGAACAAGACGUUGUCCCCAUCAUUACAAAAGACAACCUCAAAGCGGACCUGCUCACCAUGCCAAACUGCCCAACAACCACUUCUAGUGCUUAUAAAGACACAGGAAAGUCCAAGAAAUAAAAGAUUUCAUUUUUUUUCCUUUCAGUAUGUUUCCUCUUUCAAGACUGUUAGGUCUGUAGAGCCUUAGUCUACUGAUGUUUUUGUGUUUUUUAUUAUCCUUUACUGAUGACAAAAUGUUUUAUAAUCGAUUUUGAUUCGAUGUGUACAGUUAAGUUUGGUUAAAAUUAAAACUUGUUACUUGUUACAUUAUACUGUAUGGCACCGCAAUGUCUGCUAAUCUGCCCUCUGUUGGCAAGAGGUUGAACUGCAACUCAAUAAACAUUAGACCAAAAUGAUGUGCGUAUCCACUCAUAUCAGAGAAGUAAAACAAACCAAAAAAAAGAAAUACAAUAAAAUUGUAAACUUGUGUGUUUUUGCAUCCGGUUGAUACAUAUUACAACAUUCAGUUAGAUAAACAAAUUGAAAAUGCACACAAAUCAUGCCACAA